UACAGAAGAUGACCAGAGACUGCGGACACAGUACAGGAGAUGACCAGAGACUGCGGACACAAUACAGGGGAUGAACAGAGGCUGCGGACACAGUACAGGGGAUGACCAGAGACUGGGGACACAAUACAGGGAUGACCAGAGACUGCAGACAGUACAGGAGAUGACCAGAGACUGCGUACAUCGUACAGGAGAUGACCAGAGAAUGCGGACAGUACAGGAGAUGACCAGAGACUGCGGACAGUACAGGAGAUGACCAGAGACUUCGGACAGGGGAUGACCAGAGACUGCAGACAGUACAGG